AUGGUUAAACCCCUGGAGGGUGGAGGCCUCUUUCUAGCUGGCUGGUUUCUGGCACUGUGUUGCAUCGGUGCCAGCGGCCAGCCGAGUUCGGAGUACGGAUGUCCUACUCAGGAGAGGAUUCUACCUUGCAGAUGCUCUACUCGUGACAUGGAGAUACAAAUAUGGCAAGUGUAUAUACUCCUCUCGCGAAGAAAAGCGCGAGAGAUCAAUUAUCCGCAGUCUACUCGUUGCUAUCCAGUAGGUAGCGUCGAAACUCAUUCGUCGUUCUCCGAUAGGUGCAGUCACAGCGAGUUACCGAAAGUUUUAGAAGGCUUAAAAGCGGUAAGCCACUACCUAGAUCGACCGGUGGACGAACUGAUUCUGGAGAACAACAACCUGCCCAGCCUGCCAGGUAGAGUUUUCGCUACUCUGCGCGUUCUUCGUCUGAUGCUACGAAAUAAUCGCUUGGAGAGAGUGUCUCCGGGCUGGUUAGAAGGUCUCCACGACUCGUUACUGGAACUGUUCGUCGUGGAGCCUGAUCUGCGGUCCUUGCCGGUAGACAGCCUCGAGAAUUUGCAAGGUCUCGAGGCAGUAACUUUGCAGAGCCGAGUGAUGAAGAAGCUUCCAAAAUUCUCUGGUCUCCCGAAGCUGAGAUACCUCCAAAUCAAUUCUCCAGCUUUGCUGGAGCUGGCUCCUAGGAAUUUCCGCGAUUUGCCCAGUUUGGAACAGCUGCAUGUAUUCGGCAGCUCUCGCCUGAUACGCUUGGAGGCUGGACUCUUUCGAGACCUGCCACGACUGGAACUGGUGAACAUCACCGACUGCGGUGUUCAUUGGGUCCACCCUCGGUCGAUGAUAGAUCUGCCCGAACUGAAAGAAAUCUCUCUGGUGGGUAACGCGAUAGUCGACGCGGGCAUGAUUGGUCGUGCCUGCACGGACCUGCCGUCUUUAUCGGCGAUACGACUCGAUCGGAACCGGAUAAAUCGUCUCGGGGAAGGCGCGUUCGUCGAUCUCGCGGUUCUCUCGCGGCUGUACUUGUCAAGGAAUCAGAUUACCGAGGUGUUCGCCGGAGCGUUCCAAAGAAUGCCGGCCCUGAAGACCGUGGAUCUCAAUCACAAUCUGAUACACCGCGUGCAUCCGGAAUUCUUCCCGCGGAGGCCUGGAAACGCGCUGGAGGAGAUGUGGCUGAUCAACAACGAUCUGAGUCAUGUAAGCGAGCUGAGAUCGAUUAUGGAGGCGCUGCCCAGGCUGAAGUUUCUCGACGUCAGCCACAAUCAAAUCGAGGAGAUACCUUUUGGCGCGCUGAGAGGUCAUCCCACAUUGGAGAGACUUCACCUCGAUCACAACAGAGUGGCCUUUCUGCAGAGAGAGACCUUCACCGCGAUGCCCGCUCUGAGGGAACUUCGGCUGAAAAACAAUUCUCUGUCGAACUUGUUAGAGGCACCGUUCUGGGAUCUGCCGGCGUUGAAAGGGCUGGAUCUAUCAGAAAAUUACUUUCGUCACGUGGAGCCCCGUUUGCUGGCGAAUUUGCCAAGUUUAAGGCGCUUGGACAUCAGUGGGAAUGCUAUCGGACUCAUAGAACCCGAAUCAUUUUUGGGCACACCAGCUCUCGAGCACAUCAACGUCUCUGGUAACGCGCUCUCCGUUCUCCAUCCUCUGACGUUUCAUCAUCUGAACAAUCUGUACGAACUGGACGUCGGUUGGAAUCGAAUGCUCGAGAUCGUUCCCGGUCUCCCACGAAACAUAGAACAUCUUCACAUGCCAAUGAACCGUAUCGUUGUCCUGCCAUCUGUGACCUCUCAGGAUCUAGCACUCCCGGUUCUGAGAUCCUUGGAUCUUAGCGCAAACGGAAUCGAACGGAUACCGCCGGGUAGCUUGUCCAAUUUAUCCAGUUUGAGGAAAUUGAACCUAGGUUACAACUCCUUGCGAAUCCUGGAAGACGGAGUUUUCGACGGUCUAUCCAGGUUGGAGCAGCUGGACUUGAAGUACAAUCGACUGGUCACCCUGCACGGAAGAGGCUUCCGACCGCUGAGAUCUCUGAUGGAUCUAAGCUUGCGAGGUAAUCGACUCGAAGUUCUCAGGCCGGACAUCUUCCAAGAGAACGUUCGACUCCAGAGGCUGGACCUCAGCAGGAAUAACCUCGCGCAGAUUCCUCACGUGACCUUUGCGAGCACCAGAGACCUUCGUGAACUGUACGCGUCGCACAACACUUUGACCGAGUUACCCGGAUCGUUGCACAGCUUAACAGCUCUUCAGGUUCUCGACUUGAGCUUCAACAAGCUGAACAUCCUGUCGCCGGAAACGCUCAGCAGCCUAUCGUCCUUGCUCGAGCUGAAGCUCGUCAGAAAUCGUAUUCGUGAACUCCGGGAGGGCGCGUUCGAUGGUCUGCCGCGAUUAUCCUUGAUCGAUCUGGAAAACAACGAUCUCAGGAUCAUCGAGAGGAACGCUAUUAGAGCUCUGCCGGAAUUGCAAGCGUUGAGGCUCGGGAAAAAUCGGUUGCAGAUGAUUCCAAGCGGUGCUUUCACCGAGUUACCGCUCUUACAAAGUGCGGAACUUCAGGAAAAUCAGAUCCAGGAAAUUGCAAGCAAUGCAUUCAUUAACGUGCCUCACCUUCUCUUCCUAAAUCUAAGCUAUAAUCAUUUACCUGCGUUGGAUUACGUUGGUUUGGAGAGCCUACGUUCACUGGAAGUAUUGGACUUGAGCAAUAAUCGACUGUCCAGGGUGUCCAGUAACAGUUUAGCGCCAAUGGAGUGGCUAGUUGAACUGAAAAUGGAUAACAAUCGGAUUUGCGCCAUCCAGGGCUCCCCUUUCGACGAAAUGCCGAGACUUCGGGUCCUCAGUUUGAGGAGCAACCGCAUGGCUUCCGUUUCGGAAGCAGCGUUUAAACGUUUGAGAUCGAACAUUGCUGUUUUGGAUAUCGACGGCAAUCCACUUUCGUGCUCUUGUGGAAUGUUGUGGUUGAGAGGGUGGUUGCAACAAGCCUCGUCCGAGGGGCCAAGAUGCGCGGAUGGAUCUUUGUUCAAGGAAAUUCGACUGUCAAGACAGGACUGUCAACGAGAAAGGCAGAUCGAUCCCAUUCAUCCUGGCUGUGAAGCUGAAUUCAUCGACGCAGCACCCUAUCCCGUCUCAUCCUCCAUUUUCGGAGCAACGGAGGUAGUACCACUCCGCAUGAACAUCAAAGAAUCGUCGUCGCAGAAACCUCCGAACUCCCAAGACGCCGAGUACUUUUACGAGUACCAGGAUUAUCAAGAAGUUAAAAACGACACAUCGAACGCGACAUUGGCACAGUCGCCAAUCACUGUGCCGACGGACACGGUGAACAUCAUUCAACCACCAGAGAAGCCUCAAGCCAGUUCGAACGCUACCACCCCCGUGAAGAAGAACACUUUGAUGCCUCCUUCUCCCAGCAGCUCUGGUUUCACGUUCUUCGGGGUGCCGUUGCCCAGCCUUAAUUUCAACCUAUGGGGAAAUACUGGGAAGAAGUCUGAGCGGAAGAACUCUGACGGUAGACCAGGAAGAGGUCGCUACAGAACGUUUCCACCUACGGAACCGGAGAUCCACAGAGGUGGUUUCGUGCCUCUGCCACGUGGCCAGGGUGGUUUUGUGCCUAUUGUUGAUCCCAGAUUGACCCACCAAAGGCAAGUUAAGAAUGAAACUCUGGAUAAACUGAAUUCCAGCAUCGCGCAAGAGGAGAAGAAACGAUGGAGGAGCGGAAAUGGCACGGUAGUCAAGGUAGAAAGAACCCAUGUUAGAUCGAACAGACCAAAACAGAGCUCCAAAGAAAGGGAGGAAUUGUCGACGAUGGCUACGAAUGAGGUCGAUUCUCGAGGAUCAUCGUUCAGCAGGAGUAAGGGCAGUGUGAAUUCAACAAAAACUUCGGAUUCGAGUACCGCGGCAGACGAGUCCCCCCAAGAAGCGAACGAAACGUCCGCGGCCUUUGAGAUUCGCAAUGGAGAGAAUCUUGAAAAAAAUCGAGCGCCCAUUAAAGUCGAGGAGAAGCCUCGAACGGAAGUUGCAAGUAGAAUUGUCUGGACGACGCCAAGGACGAUUUUGGAGACGACGAAAGGACGUCCUGUUAAAGAGAUGUCGAUGGAAACAUCCACGCACGAGAAAACCCCCUUUUGGGAUUCUAAAGCGGUGGAAUUGCAAGAAACGUUUACCACGACAGCAACAAAUAUUCAGAACGAAUCGAGUGACGCUUCGAGGGCCACUGUGACGGAACCAUCAUCGACCUUACAAUCGACUUUCCUGGAGAAUCGGCAGAACUCUUCCGUAUCUCUGUUACCACGCGAAACGGAAGCGUCAGCUCUUUCAGCGUUUCUGGUUCCCGGCGGUCAAGUGCCCUCCUCCAUAUCGGUACCAAAUUUACGUCCAUUAGGGAGGUCAACUAUAACAAAAGUCCCCUCGCCACACCUCGGGCUCUCUGCCGAGCCAGAGAAGCAAAAGUCUGUGGCUGAGGCUGUCCAACGGAACGUGGAAAACUUGGAAGAUGAAAUUCUUGAUAAAGAGGAAUCCUCCGACGAAAACGCCGAAGUCGUCGAGGACAGUUCGUUCAAUUGGUAUUUUCAGCAUUACAACGAUACCAAUUUAGAACCCUACGUGGGCGUACCGUACAGUACAGGUGAAAAAACAAGUGCGUGCAGACUGACUCUAUUAGGUCCGGUAUGUCUUAUAUUUUACACUCUCGUAUAGAAACGUGAAAAAUUAAACAUUCCUAACGAUUAAUUUAUUAAGUGAUUAACUCUUAUCACUCGAAGAAUAUCAUGGAAUGAUACGCUGCUUAAGUUUUAUAAGAUAGCUUUUUAUUUGUAAGAAUAUUUAUAAAUUUAUACAUGUUAGGCAAACACAAAAUAAGAGUAUAAAAAAGAAAAUUCAUAUUUUACUGUUCUUUCUACAUAUUUUUUAACAAUUAAUUUCCACAAAUGUUAAUUUCAAUAGAAUUUUUUGAUGUGAUGUCCUUAAAAAUACAGAACGGAAGAACUAAUUAUAUAAUUCUUUUGUAAUUUGAACGUGCAACUUAUUUUUUAUAUUCUUCUUUUGUGUAAAAGCGAAGGAAACAAUUGCCGAUAUUUAGCCUUGGUUUACUGUGGCAAGUAGCACAAUAAUUUGUUGUUCUACGCCUUUUAUCGGCACCAGGCCAAAUAAGACAAUCUUUAAUUUUUUUUUUAUUUUAACAAGAAAAACUCGAAAUUACAAAGGUUUUCUAUGUUCAUCUUUCCUUCUUACCUAUAGUACCCAUCUCUUCACGUUUCGUAAAAUCUUGUCAAACAUGUCAUACUAAUUUAUUUAUUAAUAUUGUACGCUGAACUGUUCGAUGAAAUAUUUGUGAACAGAUACCUGUAUGCAAAACGUACGAAUUAAUUACAGCAUUUUGUAAACCCCCUCCAUCUCCUAAAAAUAAUUGUUUCCAUAAUUUUUUAGUCAGGUUUUAAUUAACAUCUUUGCAGUAUCUCGGGUACUCGACGUAGUUACCACCCUCUUGUCUUUCCAUGUCAAUAAUAAAGAAUUAUUACUUCGAAUUGCUAAUGAUUUAUUUGUAAACUUGAACAUUUUUAUUUAAUUAUAAUUGAUGGUAUGCAUUUUCUAUUUGAAAUACCUAUUGGUAAAAAUAAGGUAUUCUUUUGCUUUGGGUACUUUUUAUAAUAAUUUAUUAUAGAGAUGCAAGACUAUCCUUGUAUUUAAGAAAAUUUAGGUUUGAUUAAAUUAUCCGUAGUUAUUUUUCCAUAAUAGAGCAAAAUGUAUUCAAUUUCUGCAUUUGCCAAAACGUAUAUCCACAUUCUCCAUUUUUUAGAUUUCAUUGAAUUAUCAGUAAUCAAAAAUAUUUUAUCUUUAUAUCCGACCAUAGCUCCAUUGAUCAAAGUUUCCAUGCAUGGAAUAAAAUGUUCUUUAAAUUUGUCAUCCAGAUAUUAUAAAAAGUUACUAAUCUUUUGCAAUCUAGUAUUCAGAAUCAAAUUUUGUACCACGUAUUCGUUAAUAUGAAACACUUGAAAUAUUUCAUGAAAUCUUUUUUUUUUGAACGUCUUGCCAAAUCAUAUAUUUUUGUAUCAAAUUUUGGACACCAGUGUUUUAAAUUUCCAAGAAGAAUAAGCCUCGUUCCAGGUAGAAUAUUUGAACAACUUUUGUUUACUUAUUUUUAAAUUUGUAUAUGUGUUUAUUUAUUGAAAAAUAUAUUCAAUCGGUUCACCCAUAGAAAUGAUUUGAAAAUUCGGAAUGAUUCCGUAAUUGUUGUUAAUUCAAAAGGGAAUCUUUUGCAGUGUUUCUUCAUUGCCUAACACAUUUUUCCAAUUCAUUGGAAAAUCAUUCACAUCGUUGUCUUCAUCUGAAUAAUUUAGAAGUAGUUUUUCGUUUCCUUGCAUAAACUUCGUUAUUGCAAUUAUCAAAAUCAUUGAUAUCAUUAUGAAAUUCUUCAAUGUAAAAUUCAUUAUCGCUAUUGUCUACUUCUUCGUUAAUUUUUGCAUGGCUUUUGUAUUGACUUUAUAUUUCAGAAAAAAUUAAAUAAAAUUGAAUAAAAUAUUCAAAAAUGAUGGCAGAUACUUUCAUAGAUAUGCUGUAUAGUACACAUUGUCUUGCAAUGCACUAAACAUAAUAAUGAUAAAAUUCAA